GGUGAUGAUCAUCUGGCCGUUUGUUUAGCUUGUGCAGUGACUGGAGCCGGCCUUGCCCUGACAGACUGUGGCGCGCAGCUUUACGAUAUUCCCGUCGGGACAGUUGUAGAUAUGUCAAAAUUUGGCCAUUGCAGCGGACAUCUUUGUGCAGCGGUUCUACCUCAGCUACAGCAAAUCGCGAUGAUCUACGCCCAUGACACGCGAAUCAAAAAUGAAGACGCCCUGAAGGACGCACUCCAACAGGCCAUUCAAACUGCUGGACAAAUGGCCCAGACCAUAAAACACUGUGUCAAAGCUGACUUGGAAGAAGGUGUAUGA